AUGCCCGCCCCUUCGCAGCUCGCCAUUGCCACGCAGGCCGUCACCCGCCUCCUGCGCGAGGAGAUCUCGUAUGAGCAGGAGCUCAUCCAGCAGCAGGGCAAGGUCACGACGCUCGACGCCGAGGUGCAGUCUGGUCUGCCAGACGAGGAUGGCAACCGCGCGCACAUGCUGAAGCAGCUGAAGCAGGCUGUUGUCGAGACGGAGAACGUCUUCCCCCGCAUAAAGGAGCGCAUCGGCGACGCGACGAUCAAGCUCGAGGAGCAGAUUGCGCUGGCGGAGAGCAACGGCACACCUGCUGAGGAGUUGGAGCUUGCGAGGGUGGCGUUGACCAAGGGCCAAGAGGCGCAGAACACGGUUCGCAACGGCAUUGCUUAA